GCCAUUGGACUGUGUUUGUUUGCCGCCUGCCCUGAUCCUUGCCUGUUAUUUGGACUGUGUUUGUUAGCCGCCUGCCCUGACCAUUGCCUGUGACUUUACUCUGUUUGUCUGCCGCCUGCCUCGACCAUUGCCUGUCCCUGUUUAUGCCUCUGCCUUUGCCCCUGUCUGCUUUGGUAUUUAUCUUAAUAAAGCUGCAAAUGGAUCCUCAUUCUGUCGACCCCUCAUUACACGUGGCAUGAUUCCUAAAUUGAUUUGUUUUUGUUUUAUUUAUUUUUGGCAGUAGCUGCUAUUUUAGGUUCAAAGAGGAAAAAGUUGUUAGUAAUCUUUUACUGUGCUACAAGGACACAUUGAAUUUGUGAUAAAUGUUGAUAUUUUAAACAGCUUUACGUUUCUCUUUAUGUCUUUUAAUAUAGCGAUGAAGGGAAUUAAUUUCGUAUGUCCGUUUCAGGAAUAUUCCGUUAAGUGAAGUAUUUUAAACCUGCUUUUGAUUGGAAAUGGCAUAAGUGCAGGUUUUCCCUGUCGCUGUCCGUGGUGCUGCACUGGCUCGUACUCUUAGUGUUUGAUUAUAUUGCUCUUACAUAUUUGUAGCUCUCAAUUCCUGGAUAGCUUUUUUAUUAUUAUCAUUAUUUUUAUAUAAUAUACAGACUAUGAUUAUAUUUAUCUCUCCCACUUCAGAAAAUGUUGCUUUUUUUUUUUUUUUUUUUUUUCUUCUUUGCUAAACAAUUAUAUAAUAUACGUAUAUAAUUGCUAAACAACACAAUGCCCGUUCUUUGUAUAUUAUAAAACUUAAUACUGUGAGAGAAAUUAAUGUCAUGCAGUUUCUUACUCUAACUCACAGUGUCGCUGUUCACCUGCAAAACCAUGUGUGUUCAGUACACAUCUCUCCACCCUGAUUCUGAUGUCAUACACUGGAAUUCAAGCUCGUCUCUUUAUAGAAAAUCGUCGACGGUGACCGAAGGACUAUUUCAGACAUUGGAUUUAUUUGCACACUUAUGUUUAUUUUACAUGCUACUUUGUUGUAUUUCUGGAUUUAAUUUCUGAUCAAUUUCUGAAACAUUUUAAAUGUUCUUCUUUGCUGUUGAGAUGUUUGGUCUUUUGUUCUCCGUGCUGAUGGCGCACACCGCUUAUGGAGACGUGAGCUAUUCUUUCCCGGAGGAGAUGAAACGCGGAUCUGUGAUUGGAAAUAUGGCAAAGGAUCUCGGGCUCGAUGUGAACAGACUGUCAUCUCGUAAGGCUCGCAUUGACACUGAAGGUAACAGAAAACGAUACUGUGACAUUAAUCUGAAUACUGGAGAACUGACCGUAGCGGAGAGAAUCGACAGAGAGGGACUUUGUGGAAAGAAAGCUUCAUGUAUCAUAAAUCAGGAGCUUGUUCUUGAAAGUCCUCUAGAAUUGCAUCGUUUCAUUCUCAAUAUUGAAGACAUAAAUGAUAAUUCACCACAGUUCACAGAGAGUGUUAUUGAAUUCGAAAUACAGGAAUCAGCGGUCAAAGGAUCUCGUUAUUUAUUAGAUGAGGCCCACGAUGCGGAUAUUGGUAUGAAUUCAGUGCAGUCAUAUACACUUCAAAACAAUGGACACUUUCUUCUUAAUGUACUUACCAGGGAAAAUGGAAGGAAAUAUGGCGAGUUAGUUCUUAAUAAAGAGUUGGAUCGUGAGCAGCAGAAAGAGGUGACAUUAAUUCUUACUGCGGUAGACGGCGGGACUCCACCGAGAUCAGGUACUGUAGCCAUACACGUCACUGUGCUGGAUGCUAAUGAUAAUGCUCCAGUCUUUAGUCAGGCCGUCUAUAAAGUCAGUCUGCCUGAAAAUUCUCCUGUAGAUACUGUAGUGGUGACAGUGAGCGCUACUGAUGCUGACGAGGGACAAAAUGGAGAAGUGACCUAUGAAUUUGGUCGUAUCUCUGACAGAGCUAGAAAGCUGUUCUCGUUAGAUCCACAUACAGGUGACAUUCGAGUUACAGGUGCACUUGAUUUCGAGGACGAAGCUGUUUACGAAUUACGUGUUGAAGGGAAAGAUGGAUUUGGUUUAUCCAGUGACGCUAAAGUUGUAAUUCAACUUACAGAUGUCAAUGACAAUGCUCCUGAGAUACGUUUGAAGUCUUUACGUAGUCCCGUUCCUGAGAACGCGUUACCCGGUACAGAGGUUGGCAUCAUUAAUGUUCAGGACAGAGACUCUGAGAAUAACGGACAGGUGCGCUGCUCCAUUCAGCAGAACGUCCCAUUUAAACUCGUUCCUUCAAUCAAAAAUUACUAUUCUCUGGUGACCACAGGUGAAUUAGACCGCGAGCUGCUCUCUGAUUAUAAUCUUACAAUCACUGCUACUGAUGAGGGCUCUCCGCCUUUAUCUUCCACUAAGAAUCUUCACUUGACUGUAGCUGACGUGAAUGAUAAUCCACCUGUAUUUCAGGAGCACAAUUACAGAGCUCAUGUGCAAGAAAAUAACAAACCGGGCUCCUCUAUUUGUUCAGUAUCAGCUACAGACCCGGACUGGAGACAGAAUGGCACUGUAGUUUAUUCUCUGUUGUCCUCUGAUGUCAAUGGCGCACCGGUGUCCUCCUUUCUAUCCAUUAACGGAGACACCGGGGUCAUUCAUGCCGUGAGAUCGUUUGAUUACGAACAGCUGAAGAGUUUCAAAGUGCUCGUGUUAGCCAGAGACAACGGUUCUCCUCCUCUGAGCAGUAACGUGAGCGUGAGUGUCUUCAUAUCGGAUGAGAAUGACAACUCCCCUCAGAUAUUAUACCCCUCUCCGGAAGGAAACUCCUUCAUGACCGAGAUGGUGCCCAAAGCUGCGCAGGCAGGCUCUCUGGUCUCCAAGGUGAUCUCCGUGGACGCGGAUUCUGGCCAGAACGCGUGGCUCUCGUAUCACAUUAUUAAAGCGACUGAUCCGGGACUUUUCACUAUCGGUGUCCACAGCGGGGAGAUCAGGACGCAGCGGGACAUUUCUGAAUCUGACAGCAUGAAACAGAACCUUAUUGUGUCCGUGAGAGAUAACGGACAGCCCUCUCUCUCAGCCACGUGCGCCUUGUAUUUACUCAUAUCAGAUAACUUGGCUGAAGUUCCAGAACUGAAAGACAUGUCUCAUGAUGAGAGCAGCUCCAAACUGACAUUUUAUCUGAUCAUCGCGCUGGUGUCCGUUUCCACUUUCUUCCUGACCUUCAUCAUCAUCAUCCUGGCCGUGAGGUUUUGUCGCAGGAGAAAGCCCAGACUGUUGUUUGAUGGAGCUGUAGCCAUUCCCAGCGCGUAUCUCCCUCCAAAUUACGCAGAGGUGGAGGGCGCGGGAACUCUCCGCAGCACUUACAAUUAUGACGCGUACCUGACCACGGGCUCGCGCACCAGUGACUUCAAGUUCGUCAGAUCUUAUAAUGAGGGCACACUGACUGCUGACCUGACUCUGAAAAAGACUCAGUCUGCUGUGGAUGAUCUUGAAGGGCUUGAUGGAGACAUGAUUCCUUUUUCCGAGGUAGGUGUUUUUAUGGUCCUGUAUGGUACCUGAGCAUCCUUAAAUCUCCUUCUUUUUAGAGUCCUGCUCACUGUGUGAUUAAACUGAACGGUCACUGCUUUUCCCAUAGUUGAACGACCAUGAUUUUUUAAGUAUUUUAAAUUUUACAUUACUUUUUUUUUUUUUUUUGUCUGAUCUGUUUAAAAUAUGUAUGGGUUAUUCUUUUGAGAUUGACUGAACUUGAUAAUCAAACACUGGAAUGUAUCACUGAACUAAUGGAAGGUCUUACUCGUUACAAGUAAUCCCAAAGGAUGUUCAAUAGCAGUUCAGGUCUUUCAGUGGUUCAGGUGGUUCAGAUCUUUUAGGUCUUUCAGUGGUUCAGGCCUUCACAAAACCCAGACCUGAACCACUAUUGAACACCUUUGGGAUGAAUUGUAAUGGGUAAGACCUUCCAUUAGAUGUACAGUUCCACUUCUACAUUAGACACAUUUGUUUCAACAAAGUUGAAAUCACACAAUUCUCUAGAAAAUCAUUCUAUAGUGUAGCAUUAAGAUUUUUGUCUUUGCAGAAAUCAAUUAUAUAAUUAAUAUAUUAAUAAUAAUAAUAAUAAUAAUAAUAAAGAUAAUAGAAAGCGGUUAUCCACAUACUUCUGGCCAUAUUGUCUGUCUAGCAUUUUUCUAACAGUAUUUCUAGAUUUUUUUUUUUUUUUUUUUCGAUCCAUAGUGGCCAGUAAAUGUCUACUGUAUGCUUUAUUAUCUUAAUACUUAAAAAAAAAAAAAAAAAAAAAAAAAUCAAUGAUACAUUCCAUUGUUUGAUUAUAAAGAUCAUUAUCUCUAUUGACAGUAAAGGUUAAGUGUAAAUAUCAUAUCACUAUUUGUUCUAAGUUUGAGGUGUCUUGCAUUAAAAACUCCAUAAGAAUAUUGACCUUUAUUUAAUAUGAUUUGUUUGCUAUUACUUUUAAUAUAAUAUUAUCAAAUCAAAAUCAAGCAUUAAGACCCGGUGUUAUUCAAUCUUCUACUCGAGUGUAAUGAAAUUUAAUCAAAAUAUGAUACUUUUUACUCAGUUAUUUACUUUUUGUUGUUUUCAAUAAAACGUACUGGCAUCUCAGUUUUUUAUUAUAAAAGCUGUUUUAUUUAGACAUUGAAAUCAUUGAAUCCAAAUGUUGCUUUUAACUGUUGUUGUUGUUGUUGUUGUUGAUGACACGAGUUCUUUAGUUGUUUAUUUUGAUAUUGUGAAAGAUACUCUUUUAACCAAUUGCAGGUGCUUGUCGGUCUGAUGUUUGGAUGCAUGCAUCUUUUCAAAGUCCCGAGAUUGUUAAAUAGAUUUGUCUCUGUUUUGCUUUUAUGAACAGAAAUGCAGCCUUGGUACAGCAUUAGUGUGUUUUGCCUUCAAGUAUCAUGUAGCCUUUUCCUUUCCUUCUUGACACAUUUUUAUUUGCAGACGGAUUUGCUGUUAUUUCAUUAGAACUUUAAGUUAGUGUCCUUACAAUUCACUGUAAUGGAAUUUCAAACCAUGCUAAAAUGUUUGUGUCUCUUGCAUUUUUGAAUGUCUCUCUGUAGUAACUGAUUUCAACACAUUAGUAUUACUGUCCGUGGUGCUGAACGAAAGUACUGCACUUGCUGACCGCCAUACUGCAUACAGUAGCUCUCAAUAAAUACGAUA